AUGGAAAAGCUUGAGAAAGGAGUACGCGACACCAUAGCAGGGAUUGUUAGGAAAAGAGAAAGCAAAGCAAUGACUGGAGAAGCAGACGGGUUUGGGCGUGAUUUUCUUGGAGUACUUUUGAAGGCUCAUCAUGAUACCGAUGAAAACCAGAGGAUUUCCAUAGAUGAAAUCGUUGAUGAAUGCAAAACCUUUUACUUUGCUGGACAAGAAACCACUAAUUCUUUGCUUGCUUGGACCAUCUUUCUUCUGGCACUCGAUACGGAUUGGCAAGAGGAAGCAAGAAAGGAGGUCCUACAAUUAUUUGGAAAAGAAAAUCCAAACCCUGAUGGCCUCAACAAACUGAAAACGAUGAGUAUGAUCUUCAAUGAAUCUCUGCGGCUAUAUCCUCCAGUCGUUUCACUUAUUAGGGAAACAGAAAAGGAAGUAAGGCUGGGAAAGAUGGUUGUUCCGGCUAAUGUUGAAGUGCACGUCCCAAAUCUAUCACUUCAUCAUGAUCCCAAAUAUUGGGGAGAAGAUGUGAACGUUUUCAAACCAGAGAGAUUCUCAGAAGGGGUUGCUAAAGCUACUAACAACAACAUGGUCGCAUUCAUACCCUUUGGAUUGGGACCUCGAACUUGUGUGGGCAUGAACUUCGCAAUCGUCGAAUCCAAGAUUGCUCUGGCAAUGAUUCUACAGCGCUACAGCUUCACCCUUUCCCCUGGUUAUGUCCACUCACCCAUUCAGUUCAUGACAGUUCGCCCACAGCGUGGAGUUCCAGUCAUUCUACACUCACUGUGA